AUGUCGCUUCCAUUCCAGACUGUGCGCAUGUUCUCCAAGCGCGCUUCCACUUCCCCAACUUCUCCCAAGGCCUUUGUCAUGUAUGGCUAUAUCAUCGCUGGCCUCACCCUGCCAUUCGCCAUUCCCGCCUCCAGGAGGAAUAGUCUCGAUGGUGCCCAUACCGACAAAAAGGAGCUUAGUCUCCACCACUGUUGCCGUUAA